AUGCAGUCGGCACGCAACAUCAAAGAGUUGCCUAGACGUGUACGCGAGGCGCCACAGUCGAGAGAAGAGCUCGAAAAUCUCCUCGCCGCUUUCCAACUUACGCUUACCGAGCGCGAUGAAGAAGUCGCCGAUCACCGCGUCGAGCAUACCAAGCUCAAGUCCAAGUAUCGUAAGCUCGGGGAGUCCUCCGUAGAGCUGGUCGAGAAGAUGAAAGAGCAAGCGAAGACUAUAGAAGAGCAAGGCAUGAAGAUUGGCGAGCAAGACAAGACUAUCGGAGAGCAGGCCGGGACCAUUGCGAAGACAGAGCAUACGUUGAACUGGAAGGCCGAUAUUCUGACUCACGUCGUUGAGGAGUAUAUGAGGCCAUAUUCGCAAAGGAUUGGGGAGAACAUAAAGACGUUCAGCAAGGAGUCUCUCUACGAUACUCUGGCCUCCAUGGCUCGCGACGCCGCAGAGCGGGAUUCCAUGCAAGAGCAACUCUCGACCUUGCAGAAAGAGUUACUCGGAAGGGUCGAGAAGGUACACACCGCAUCUGACGACCACUUCGCACAAGAAUUUCGUGCUAUCGUUUCGCUUGUCAAGACCUUAAGCCGUACCGUUCGCGCCGCCGCUGGUGUGGAUGUCGCAGAGGCUCUCGGAACUGGCUGUCUUCAACAAGACGUGUCUCGCGAUCAGUGGAACAGUCGAGCAAGGAAGAAGCUACUGGUGGAGGCUUGGGUCUGGUCGGUUCUCAUCGACAGGGUCUUUCGCACACCUUUCUCGAUCUUUGGUGCAGACUGCGAGCCAUUGAGCACGACCUGGCAGAACAUGUUCGUGACCGAUCAUGUCAACGGCUGGCCAACCCCGACUUUGCUCUCGGAGAACUGGCGCUGCGCAACCAUGGAGAGCAUGUUUGCCUUGGUUGAUCGCUUCUCGAUCACCCACGGAAAGGUGAACGAAGUACCUAAGCAACUCGAACCUGCGGUUAUUACUACGCGCAACUGGAUCCAGACAACUAUCGAGAGCGGUCUUGACACGAUCUCCUCCGAUCCCGAUGUCUCGCAAGUGGGCAACAUCGUCAAUAAAGCAUUCGCGUUGGCCGCACAUAUGUCACUCCAGAAGUCCCGUCUCCAGAUUACAUAUCCUAAAGUAGGAGAAGUUUUCGCAGCAGAGUCCAUGAGCUAUGUGCCAGAUCCCGACGGCGAAGACAUUGACGAGGGCGUAGUGGCGUUCACUGUCAAUCCAGGCUUGACCAAAUGGGGUGACACACACGGCAAAAACCUCGAUCACCGUUACGACAUCGUCGCAUCUCUGGUACAACUCGAAAAAGCCAAGGAGUUGUUCAUGGAGAGGAAGACUGAACACGACUAUGUCGACAUGUUUGUGCAGAGCUACAAAGUCGCAGUCCCUCGUUUCGAGGACUUGGAGGCUCUCAGACGCGGCCGUGAGAGCGACCGUUGA